AAACGAGGUUUGGAAUUGGGUUGAACUAAGAAGUGUAAACGCGGGUACUAUUUUUCACCGAGCUGCGUUUGACAGUUCGACGGGUUGUUUUGAUUCCGCGAUCGACCAAAACAAACGAAUCCGCGGCAACGAUGACCGAAAUUCUCGAGGGAAAGUGCUGCGUUUGUGGCAAAAGUAGCCAUAAAAUGUACCCAAACUUGGUUAAAACACGUACCAAGUAUUCCGGCACGCCUUUGUUCGAUUUGCUGGAGCGCAUCACGGAACAGGAUCUAGCGGAAAAGUACCAAAGCUUAACGGAUUCGGCUGCAUGCAAAUCGUGUAUGGUGAAGCUGAACGAUUACGAUGCUACCUACACGAAGGCUCUGAUCAUCCAGAAGGAGUUGCUGGAAUUGCUAAGCAACGGGUCGAUUGGCCUAUCAGUCGACGACGAUGACGACGACAAGGGCGAGGGAACCGAUGACGACAAUGAACGGGAUGUGCUGGAUAAAGGAGAUGCGAAUGGACACGAGACUGCCAGUGAUGCAGACCUGGAUGAACCGGUAGCGGCAACCGUGGAAGUAGUAUUGCAAUGCAAACCUCAAAUCCCUGCGAUAAGUCUGUCGAUGAACUGUAAAACGUGCGACGAGUCAUUCGCAAACUUGGAAGAGUUGAAGGCACACACCCAUGAGCUAAUACCCGUGACGAAUACCAAGCAUCUUUUCAUCGAACCUGUUACAUCAAUAUCUAAAGUUUCUUCCCCUGCCGUGAGUUACACCGAGGAAGAAUUUUUGGAUUAUGACUCGGAGGAAAUACAGGUGAAAGAAGGAAAAAGUAUUGAGAUCGCACAAAAGGAUGACUCGGCGAUUAGCAGUCAGUACGAGUGUUUCUAUUGUGAUGAAACGUUCCAGACUACCGGAGAUCGGAAAUGGCACAUCAAGCAGAAGCACCCGACAAACGGCAACCAUCACACGUGCAAAGUUUGCGGUUUAUCGUUGAAAUCUCGCGCAGCCUUGUCGAGUCACCUGCAAAAGCAUCCUCGCGAACAAUCGCUAUCCUGUAAGGAGUGCAAAAAACAGUUCUCACAAAUGUCCACCCUACGGCGACACAUGGCGAUUCACACACGGGAAACACCGUACCAGUGUGACUUGUGCGGUAAACGAUACAUUCACUACUCAUCGUUCUACAUGCAUCAACUGGCCCACAGGAAUAUCCGGGCGAAAAAAUGUGAAAUUUGUGGUUACGGUCUACGGUCGGGUUCACAUUUAGCGCGGCACAUGCGAGUAAGUGUAAUGCUCACUCCGGCGAAAAACCAUACGCUUGUCCCGAGUGUGGCCAACGUUUCUCUCAAAGGUACAACAUGGUUUCGCACGCCAAAACACACCAAGGUAUCAUGCGCAAGCGCUCUCCAAAGAGAUAUCCGUGCACUCAUUGCGAUGAAACGUUUUUACGCAAGUUACUACUAACCUCGCACCUGCAAGAAAUGCACGGCAUAAAGCUAGAAAUUGUUGAUAAUGAAAUAGACUCCAAACAGAACAUAGCGGUAGCCGAA